AUGGAUGGGGAAGAAGUUUGGGAUGGAGAAGAAAAUGAAGAACAAGUUAGGGAAGGAGAAGAAGUUAAGGAUGGAGAAAUAGUUUGGGAUGGGGAAGAAGUGAAGGAAGGAGAAGAAGCUAAGGAAGAAGAAGAAGUUUUGGAUGAAGAAGAAAUUAAGGGUAAAGAAGAAAGUAUGGAUGGGGAAGAAGUUUGGGAUGGAGAAGAAGUUAAGGAAGGAGAAAUGAUUAUGGAUGGAUAA